CAAAGACCAUCAUGGUUCAACGGUAGCCAGGAUUGAACCCAAGCCAUCUAAGACUUAGAAGGGCCACUCACGGCAUCAAGAAGCCCUUUCUGAAGUUGCCCUCCAGACGAGAGAAUCCCCAAGAAGGCCCUAUUUUCCUCUGCCACUCUCAAUCCUCGCAGUAACCAAACGCGGGGAAACUGGUCGGACCGUUUCUAAACGGGCAAUUAAAAGUCACCGAGUCGUCGAGGGGGAGGUUUCUUCUACGCGUUAUUCAAAUCGAGUACGUGUGCCACCGGCUACACCAGCAAAACCGGUCACAAAUCUUUUGCCCAAUAACAUUUACUUCUUUUAUCUGCCUUUUAUUCUCUUCGAAGUAACAGCUUUUUAGAGUCCGAUACAGAUUCGAAUCCUCAGGGUUUCGUCUUCGAUCAGGUUACUGCUAGUUCCUUUAUGUCAUGAUUCCUGCUAGUGAAUAGAACUGAGAUAUACCUGGUAUCUAAAACUGGUUUACUCUUUUUAAGAGAGAAUGUCUCGAGUAGAGCAUCUAUGGGAGCGGUUGGUGCAUGCAGCGCUAAGGAGUGAAAAGGCCGGGUUUGAUGCAUUUGGGCGGCCUGUUGGUGGCAUUGCUGGAAAUGUUCCAUCUUCACUUGCAAAGAAUAGGGACAUAGAUGCAAUCUUAAGAGCUGCAGAUGAAAUACAAGAUGAUGAUCCAAAUGUCUCUAGAAUCUUAUGUGAGCAUGCUUAUUCAUUGUCUCAAAAUCUGGAUCCUAAUAGUGAGGGAAGAGGUGUAUUACAGUUCAAGACUGGUUUAAUGUCUGUAAUCAAGCAAAAGCUAGCAAAAAAGGAGGGCGGAAGUAUAGAUAGAAGCCAAGACAUUGCUUGCUUACAGGAGUUCUAUAAGAUCUAUAGAGAGAAACAUAAAGUAGAUGAACUGCAAGAGGAUGAAAUGAAAUUGAGGGAGUCUGGCGCAUUCAGUGGAAAUCUUGGAGAGUUGGAGCGUAAAACAGUGAGAAGAAGAAGAGUUUUUGCAACACUAAAGGUUAUAAGGAUGGUAUUAGAGCAGCUGACUGAGGAGGUUUCUCCUGAUGAUGCAGAGAGGUCAAUUCCUGAAGAGCUGAAACGGGUGAUGGAAUCAGAUGCAGCCAUGACUGAGGAUCUAAUUGCUUAUAACAUUAUCCCUUUGGAUGCUCCUACCAUCACAAACGCAAUUGUAUCCUUUCCUGAGGUACAAGCAGCAGUAUCAGCUUUAAAGUACUUCCAAGGCCUACCAAAAUUGCCCGGGGACUUUUCUAUACCUGCGACAAGGAACGCUGAUAUGCUUGAUUUUCUGCAGUGCAUUUUUGGAUUUCAGAAAGACAAUGUUUGUAACCAGCGUGAACAUGUUGUUCAUCUUCUUGCAAAUGAACAGUCACAACUUCGUAUUCUUGAAGAAACUGAACCGAUAUUGGACGAGGCUGCUGUGCGGAAUGUAUUCAUGAAGUCCCUUGGAAACUACAUUAACUGGUGCACCUACUUGUGCAUUCAGCCAGCAUUCAGCAAUCCACAAGAUGUCAAUCGGGAAAAGAUGUUACUGUUUGUGUCUCUAAACUUUCUGAUAUGGGGUGAAGCUGCGAACAUUCGAUUUCUCCCAGAAUGCUUGUGCUACCUUUUUCAUCAUAUGGUACGGGAGUUGGAUGAAAUGUUACGGCAGCAGAUUGCCACUGCCCAACCAGCCAAUAGCUGCAAAUCAGAAAAUGGUGUCUCAUUCCUUGAUCAAAUUAUUUCUCCUCUUUAUGAAAUUGUUGCAGCGGAGGCUGCAAACAAUGACAAUGGGCGAGCACCUCAUUCUGCCUGGAGGAACUAUGACGAUUUUAAUGAGUAUUUUUGGUCACUUCAUUGCUUUGAACUUGGCUGGCCCUGGAAGAAAGGUUCAUCGUUUUUUCUUAAGCCCAAACCCAGAUCAAAGAAUCUGCUCAAGUCUGGUGGAAGCAAACAUAGAGGAAAAACAUCGUUUGUUGAGCAUCGGACCUUUCUUCAUCUUUACCAUAGUUUUCAUCGCCUGUGGAUAUUUCUUUUUAUGAUGUUUCAGGGACUCGCUAUCAUUGCAUUCAAUAAUGGACAUUUCAACUCGAAGACCAUACGAGAAGUUCUCAGUCUCGGCCCAACUUUUGUUGUGAUGAAGUUUUGUGAGAGUGUUUUAGACAUUCUCAUGAUGUAUGGUGCAUAUUCUACAACACGAAGUGUAGCUGUAUCUCGAGUUUUUCUCCGUUUCCUCUGGUUUAGUGUUGCUUCAGUCUUCAUAUGCUUCCUUUAUGUGAAAGCUCUUCAAGAAGAGAGUAAACUAAAUGGAAAUUCAGUUGUUUUGAGAAUCUAUGUUUUUGUUCUGGGCAUCUAUGCUGGUGUCCAUAUUUUUUUUAGUUCCCUAAUGCGAAUACCAGCAUGCCACCAGCUGACUAAUCGAUGUGACCAUUGGUUUUUAGUUCGCUUUGUGAAGUGGAUGCACCAGGAACAUUAUUAUGUUGGACGUGGAAUGUAUGAGAGGACCACUGAUUUUAUCAAGUAUAUGCUUUUUUGGCUCGUUGUUUUAGCUGCCAAAUUUUCAUUUGCCUAUUUUCUCCAGAUCAAGCCCCUGGUGGAACCAACACAGAAAAUUGUGGGUUUCACUGAUUUAAAAUACUCUUGGCAUGAUCUUUUAUCUAGAAAUAACCAUAAUGCUCUUGCAGUUGCUAGCUUAUGGGCUCCUGUGGUCGCUAUAUAUCUCUUGGAUAUCUAUGUGUUUUAUACCAUUGUAUCAGCUGUGGUGGGAUUCCUGCUCGGUGCACGAGAUCGUCUAGGGGAGAUUAGAUCACUAGAAGCUAUUCACAGAUUGUUUGAGCAGUUUCCUCAGGCUUUUAUGGAUGCUCUUCAUGUCCCUCUUCCCAACAGGACUUCCCGUCAAUCUUCUAGUGAGAAUGUGGAGCAAGGCAAGUUUGAUGCUGCUCGAUUCUCCCCAUUUUGGAAUGAAAUUAUAAAUAAUUUAAGGGAAGAAGAUUACAUCAAUGAUUUGGAAAAGGAGUUGCUUCUUAUGCCUAAAAAUUCUGGAAAACUUCCCUUAGUUCAGUGGCCCCUUUUCCUUCUUAGCAGCAAGAUAUUUUUAGCAAAAGAUAUUGCAGUAGAAAGUAGAGGAGAUUCUCAAGAUGUUCUUUGGGAAAGGAUUUGUAGAGAUGACUACAUGAAAUAUGCUGUUGAAGAGUGCUUUCACACCAUUAAACUUAUCCUGAUGGAAAUAUUGGAAGGUGAAGGAAGGAUGUGGGUGGAUAGGUUGUAUGAAGAUAUUCAAGGAAGUAUAGCAAAGAAGAGUAUUCAUGUUGACUUCGAGCUAAGUAAGCUGCCACUUGUGAUUUCAAGACUUACUGCCCUUUUGGGACCAAUGAAAGAAGAGGAAAAGCCUGAUUCUGUGAGUGGUGCUGUUAAAGCUGUUCAAGAUCUCUAUGAUGUUGUGCGACAUGAUGUCCUUUCUAUUAAUAUGAGGGAUCAUUAUGAGACAUGGAAUCAGUUGUCAAAAGCAAGGACUGAAGGACGCUUAUUUUCAAAGUUGAAAUGGCCAAAAGAUGCUGAGACGAGAGCACAAGUUAAAAGAUUAUGUUCACUUUUAACCAUCCAAGAUUCCGCUGCAAAUAUUCCCAAUAAUCUUGAGGCCAGACGUAGGCUGCAGUUUUUCACAAAUUCCCUUUUCAUGAAGAUGCCUGCAGCUAAGCUAGUCCGUGAGAUGUUGUCUUUCAGUGUGUUCACUCCAUAUUAUUCUGAGACUGUGCUUUAUAGUAUGGAUGAACUCCAAAAGAAAAAUGAGGAUGGAAUAUCAACAUUGUUUUACCUCCAGAAAAUUUUUCCAGAUGAGUGGAAAAACUUUCUUGCUCGGAUUAAUCGGGAUGAGAAUGCACAAGAUUCAGAACUUUAUGAUAGUCCUAGAGAUGUCCUUGAGCUUAGAUUUUGGGCUUCUUACCGGGGACAAACAUUAGCAAGAACUGUUCGUGGAAUGAUGUACUAUAGGAAAGCUCUUAUGCUUCAGAGUUAUUUGGAAAGGAAUGCUGCUGGAGAUGUUGAAGCUGCGAUUUCUAGUGAUGUUGCAACUGAUACUCAAGGUUAUGAGUUUUCUCCUGCGGCACGAGCUCUGGCAGAUCUGAAGUUUACAUAUGUUGUUACAUGUCAAAUAUAUGGAAUACAAAGAGAAGAGCAAAAACCUGAGGCUGUGGAUAUUGCAUUGCUAAUGCAACGAAAUGAAGCUCUUCGAGUUGCUUACAUUGAUUCCGUUGAGACUCUGAAGGAUGGUAUAGUGCAGACAGAGUUCUAUUCUAAACUUGUGAAAGCUGAUAUCAAUGGGAAAGAUCAGGACAUAUACUCUAUCAAAUUACCAGGAAAUCCUAAACUUGGUGAAGGAAAACCUGAAAAUCAAAACCAUGCAGUUAUAUUUACUCGUGGAAAUGCAAUUCAAACGAUUGACAUGAAUCAGGAUAAUUAUUUUGAGGAAGCCCUGAAGAUGAGAAAUCUUCUUGAAGAGUUCCAUACAGACCAUGGCAUUCGUCCUCCUACCAUUCUUGGUGUUCGGGAACAUGUCUUCACCGGAAGUGUCUCUUCUUUAGCCUUAUUUAUGUCCAAUCAAGAAACUAGCUUUGUUACUCUAGGCCAGCGUGUUCUGGCAAAACCUUUAAAGGUUCGUAUGCAUUAUGGCCAUCCAGAUGUUUUUGAUAGAGUUUUCCAUAUAACACGAGGUGGUAUCAGCAAGGCCUCUCGAGUUAUCAACAUUAGUGAAGAUAUAUAUGCUGGAUUCAAUUCAACAUUGCGCCAAGGGAAUGUUACUCAUCAUGAAUAUAUUCAGGUUGGAAAAGGACGAGAUGUUGGACUCAAUCAGAUUGCUCUAUUUGAAGGGAAAGUUGCUGGUGGUAAUGGUGAACAAGUUCUCAGUCGAGACAUUUACAGACUUGGGCAGCUCUUUGAUUUCUUCCGAAUGAUGUCAUUCUACUUUACGACUGUUGGAUACUAUUUCUGUACUAUGUUGACAGUGCUCACGGUAUACGCUUUCCUUUAUGGGAAGGCAUAUUUGGCACUAUCUGGAAUAGGAGAACAACUUCAAAUAAGAGCACAGAUAUUGAACAACACUGCUCUGACCACGGCUCUCAAUACACAGUUUCUUUAUCAGAUUGGUAUGUUUACUGCUGUGCCAAUGGUUUUGGGUUUCAUCCUGGAGGAGGGUUUUCUAAGGGCUGUUGUCAGUUUUGUCACUAUGCAGUUUCAGCUCUGUUCUGUCUUCUUCACUUUUUCUCUGGGCACAAGAACACAUUAUUUUGGUCGGACUAUUCUUCAUGGGGGUGCAAGGUAUCAAGCAACUGGUAGGGGAUUUGUCGUCCGCCAUAUUAAAUUUUCUGAGAAUUAUCGGCUUUACUCCCGUAGUCAUUUUGUUAAAGGAUUAGAGGUUGUGCUUUUGUUGAUAGUAUACCUUGCAUAUGGGUAUAACGAAGGCGCACUAUCGUACAUUCUUCUUAGCAUUAGCAGUUGGUUCAUGGCUCUUUCUUGGCUUUUUGCUCCCUAUUUGUUCAAUCCAUCUGGUUUUGAGUGGCAGAAGACUGUGGAGGACUUUCGGGAUUGGACAAACUGGCUUUUUUACAGAGGUGGAAUUGGAGUUAAGGGAGGAGAAAGCUGGGAGGCUUGGUGGGAUGAAGAACUGGCACAUAUUCGGACCUUUGGUGGGAGACUAGCUGAGACCAUUCUGAGCCUAAGAUUCUUUAUCUUCCAGUAUGGCAUCAUCUACAAGCUAGAUGUACAAAGACAGAAUACAUCUUUAACGGUAUACGGCCUAUCAUGGAUCGUGUUGGCUGUGCUAAUAAUUCUCUUCAAGGUGUUCACCUUCAGCCAGAAGAUCUCAGUGAACUUCCAGCUGCUGUUGCGCUUCAUCCAAGGCAUUUCAUUACUGCUUGCCUUGGCUGGCAUAGUCAUAGCAAUUGCAAUGACACCUCUAUCAAUUACCGACAUAUUUGCUUGCAUCUUAGCUUUUAUACCUACUGGGUGGGGGAUUAUUUCGAUUGCUGUGGCUUGGAAGCCUUUAAUGAAGAAGCUGGGAUUCUGGAAAUCCAUCCGCUCAAUGUCCCGUUUAUACGAUGCAGGAAUGGGAAUGCUCAUCUUCAUUCCCAUAGCCUUCUGCUCAUGGUUCCCAUUCGUAUCAACAUUCCAAACCCGGCUCAUGUUCAACCAAGCAUUCAGCAGAGGCCUGGAAAUCUCUCUUAUCCUCGCCGGAAACAAUCCCAACACUGGAAUAUGACGAUCUUUUCGGGUAUGUCUUUUUUGUUAUUGUAUAUGAGAGCUUGCUUCUCUAUUCAUUUCUAUUGAGUUCUAUUGAAACUUUAUGGCAGUUUUGUGGUGGUGAUACUUCGUUUGAUGUAGAAAACACUCUGUAUUGUACUACGAAUAUAUUUCCAUAUGAUUGGCAAUUUAUUUCUUUGAUUAGUUUAA